ACUGCUGUUCGCACGGUACCGUGCGAAUAGUCUUUUUCCUUUUUCAAAAUGGCUGCGUACAUGAAUGUAAGACCUGCCGGUGAUGAAGAUUUUGACUCAGAUGAUGAUGGCUUUAACUUUGACAAUGCCUACUCUAGUUCUACUUCAUUUAACGACAUACCACAUUUGGAAUCAGAGGCCAAAUUUACAAUUGGUUCACCACCUAUGGACACAAAAGACGCCUCCAAAAACCAGCUGCAUUAUAAAAUGCCUCAGCGUGAUAAGCAAGGCUCUUUAUUGGUUGCAGAUGAUCUGAGAACUGCCAUUUCGAAAGGAAAUUUGGAUGAAGUUAAGAAGUUCAUACAAGAAGGUGUUCCUGUAGACUUUAAGCUCCAUGCUGGUUGGACCUGCCUAAUGUAUGCUGUAUCUUCAGGAAAGGCAGAUAUUGUUGAAUAUUUGCUGGAGAAUAAGGCCAAUCCAAAUUUUACAUGUGACCUGUUCACUCCACUCUUGGCUGGAUGCUGCUCAACAGCAUUGGAAGAUGAAAUUUUAAGUUGUGUUGAACAACUCAUCAAUCAUGGUGCACAUAUUAACAGCCACGACAGGCAUUUUAUGACAGCACUGAUGUUUGCAGCUAAAUCUGGUUUGGCGUCCGUUGUCGAUUAUCUGAUUAAAUGCAAAUGUGACAUUAACAAACAAGAUGACAGAGGAUGGACAGCCUUGUGCUAUGCUGCAGCAGGUGGAUUCACAGGUAUUGCCAAGCAGUUACUGGAUAAUAAAGCAAGAACAAAGACCAGGUGUGCUGAUGGUCCUGUCUCUGAUAUAGCCUACAACAGUGGUCAUGAAAAGCUAGCAGAGAUGAUCGAGGAACAUGAGAAUCCAGAAAGAUUUAGGACGAAAAAUAACAUGGAACCAUCAGAAGGACAGGAACAAUUUGAGAAAAAUGCAUCCAAGGGGAUGGAUAAGUACAAACGCUACGGUGAUCUUGAUCUGUUUCUGUUUGGUUUAAAACUCGGACAUCUUAUACCAGUGUUUCAACAGCAGGAACUGGAUUUUGCCAUGGUCAUGCAGAUGAAUGAUCAAGAUUUAGAAAAGGUCGGUAUCAAUGAACUUGGUAUAAGAAGAAAGAUUUUGAAGUCCAUUCAUGAAAUUCACAAGAAAAAAUGGGAGCCAGGUAGCAUCAGAACGCCAAAUAGCAAAGUCCUCAGUUGUAAAGAAUCGAUUGAUAUUAUUGAGAAUAUUAGCAAGCAUAUAAGUUACAUUUCAAGUACGGUCAGUUACGUCAGAAAGAACAUGAAGGAUCAUAGUUCUCUAACAAGUGAGAAAGUGGAUAGUGCCAUUGUAGAACACCUAUCAACUGAGACAUUAGAAUCAUUGAAAAAGGUCAAAGUACUUCAUACAGAAUUAAAGCAGCUUAGAAGUCAUGUGUCGGAGGUCACCGGCAACAGAGAUAUGGUUCCAGCUGAUCUUGUUGAAGAACCAGAGAGUCAACAGUCAAUAUUUAUGUGGAGAGUUCUCCCCUCAUUGGUGACACUGACAGUUACUGUUGCUUCAAUGUGGUUGAAACCAAGCCACCUGUCUACCGCCCUCAUUACAGCCAGCAUUGUAGGACUGCGGCCUCCUCCAUUAAUAGCAGCAGGAGUUGCUAGUUGGUUUAUUUAUUGGACAACACAGACAGAACCAUUAAACGUUGAUUGGAUCUUCAGCAGGAUCUCUAGCAGGUUUUCGUAACUAUUGUUGUUAUGUCUUGAGUAAAUUUGCACAUGCACACUAGAUCACAAUAAUGGGCCAUUCUGUCAAGCCCCUACCCAUGGCACAUUGUUGCUAUGAUCCCACGCAUUGACUGUGUAAAAACAUAUUAUGCAAGCAUGCGCAUGUCUGGGACAACAUGUGUGUUUGUGCAUCGCAUGUUUUCCUGGCCUUGUUCUGAUUGGUCAUUUGUUUAGUUUGAUUGACACGCCGGAAAGUUCCAUUAGAUAAAAAUUUUAAGUUUUGACACUACUCACAGUUCACAAACUUGCAUAUGUGUAUGACAUGUCUACGCAAUCUUCAAGAGGUGUUUCUUUAUUAUUAAAAAGAAAAUAGAGUAUUUCACUUAAGGUCUUAUUUUAUUAAUAUUUAUUUUAGUAUUAUUUUUGUUUUGUGUUAUACAGGAAUGCAGUGAUGCAUAUUAACACCUUGAUUCGUCAAUAACAGAAUUGAUAACAAUCAUGAUAUUAAAAGAUUAAUCCUAUAUAAUCGACAACCCAAGGAAAUUUACUUGUU